GUCAGUGCAGCAACAAAUACAGUUUUGGUUUCUUCUGCUGAGAAUUUACGGAGCAGUGGUGGCACGCUGGUGUUGCAGCUUUAUCGUGGAAGGAGAACUGAUCCGGAAUCAGCCUCCUCGGCACCGGAUGUCUCGCGAGCGAUUUCUACAGGAAAUAUACCGUCCGCCGCAGCGAGCAUUUGUGAAGGGCUGCCAUUUUAGCAAGCUUACGCACAAAUGCAUCAUGAAGCGCAACGUGGUCCAGCUCACCUCCAGGUCGCACCAUGAAAACAUCCUGGCUUCUCUGCAUCAGCUGAGGCUGCAGGGGCUGUUGUGUGAUGUCACCGUGCACGUAGACUUCCAGGGGGACAAGCAGGAGUUUCAGGCCCAUCAGGUGGUGCUCGCAGCAUCCAGUGGCUACUUCAAGAGCACCCUUCUCGUCCAGGAUGUAGCCCGAGACACAAUCUCCCUCUCAAAUGUGCAUUCUGACGAUUUCUCCACGUUUCUGGAGUUUGUGUACACGGGUAAAGUGGAAGUGGCCAGCAAGAAGAUCGCUGACGUGCAAGCAGCGGCAGAGUUGUUGGACUGCAGGGAUCUGUCCGAGGUUUGUGAUGAGGCCAUGCGUGCUGAGACUUUAGAACCCCCUAAAAAGAAAACGCCUGCAUCAAAUGUUUCGGAUCAUUAUUAUUUACAGUGUGACGAUAAAGAGAAAGGGCCCAAAGGGAAGAAGCAGCUGGGCAGGCUAGUUCUGAAGCGGCAGCGCUCACCACAGAGCUCGGAGAAGGAAGUCACCGCAAAAACAUCUCGGGCGAAGAAAACAGUGACCAAUGGAAAAAGCGAAGGGGGACAGGUGAAGCCGAGGAAAUCCAGCCGCAGAAUCCUUCAGAAGCGUCUAAACGCUACGAGAGAGACUUCGAACAGUGAAAACCAAGUUACCAAUGAAGACACAGAGGAGUGUACAGAGGAGUGUGAGGACAGGACUGAAGUCGAGGCUCAGCCAGAGAACGGAGCGGAGAGAGGCGAUGAGUCCUCGUGCAGAGUGCCGGGCUCUGAUGUGGACAACUGUGAAAACGAGGACGAUGUGCAAAGUAAUAUCGAAGACUCCAUGUUAUCUGUGGAUGAGGAGGAGGAGGAGGAGGAGGACGAGGAGGAGGGGGAAGAGGGAGAGUCCAAGGUGACGUCAAAACGAACGUCCAAAGCCCAGUUCCAGUGUGAAAAGUGCCAGCGGACCUUCCACUACGAGAGGAGCUACCUGAAGCACAUCAGCACGUACCACGGAGUGAAAGCAGACAUGGUCUACCGCUGUGAGACCUGCCAGCAGACCUUCGCCAACCGCAGCAACUUGAAGAUCCACGAGAAGCACGUCCACAGCAGCGAGAGACUCUUCUCCUGCGCCUGCUGCUCCAAGACCUUCAAACGGAAGAAGGAUGUCGUCCGCCAUCAAAGACAGGUGCAUGAACGUAACAGUAUGCGUCACGUCUGCCCCGAUUGUGGAAAGUCGCUCAGCUCCAAAACGGCUCUGUUGCUGCACGAGCGGAUACACACUGGAGCAAAGCCGUUUGAGUGCACUGAAUGCAGCGCCAGAUUUACCCAGAAUGCUGCUCUCAAGAUGCACCGCAGGAUUCACACAGGAGAGAAGCCUUUUGCAUGUGACGAGUGCGAAGCCAGGUUCACCCAGAAGCACAUGUUGGCUUAUCAUAAGAGAUCACACACAGGAGAGAAGCCUUUCAUGUGUGAGGCGUGUGGGAAAAGCUUUGCGUCUAAAGAAUACCUCCGGCACCACUCAAACAUCCACACUGGCUUCAAGCCGUACAAGUGCGAACAGUGUGGCCGAGGCUUUGCUCAGAGGAACUCUCUUCACCAGCAUAUAAAGACACACACAGGCGAGCGUCCGUACAGUUGUAAAGAAUGUCACAAGUGUUUUACCCAGAUCAACGCCCUGCAGAGGCACCAGCGUAUCCACACGGGGGAGAAACCCUACAUGUGUGGCCUCUGUAGCCGCACCUUCACUGACCAGUCCACCCUCCGCAGGCACGCUAUGACUCACGACGCCGAUGCUCCCUGGAAAACCUACCUUGUGGUUCUACAGGGAAAUAUGGAGGACAAGAAACCCAAAUCCACCCCUAAGGGAAAGACAAAAAAAGCAGGAGCUGCGGCUGGUGACGCUGUUUCCACUGGUGCUGAAGGUGACACUGUUACUCCCGCUGAUGCCACCUGUGCUGUUUAUGCCGAUGAUGCUGCUGCUGCCAGUAAAACCACCACAGAUUCCAUUCUGGCUCGCGCCGAGCCAGUCACUCUUCCGCCCGAUUGGACCAGCCAUGGAACCAUUGCUCUGGUCAGUCAAGGCGGGAUCACCGUCAUCCACACCGAGGUGCCACCUGGGACGCAUAUCCAGCCCAUCAUGACCACUGACGGCACAGGCACCAACCUCAUUUCCUUAGAUGGUUCCACCAUCCCCUUCUCUAUACCUGUCUCUAUGGCUCAUCCCAUCCCCUUGGUCUCCUCCAUCUCCACCUCCUCUUUGUCCCUACCCUCAGUUCUCUCCUUCCCUGUCUCUGACGCCACAUUGGCACCGGUCAACGAGAUCCCAGCUGUUCCAACGUCAUCCGUCCUGGAAGCUGCUGUGUCACAGACGCUUCUGUCUCCAGUUUUAGAGACCAAGAUCAACCAAUCCCAACCUGAUAUUCAGACUGUGGUCGUCGCUGACAUGGUUUGUGGAAACGAACAAACGGCAGCUGUCGAUGCACAGGAAAAGAAAAAGGCAGCAGAAAACUCUUUGGAUGAAAUUAAGAACACCCCCGAUCAAGACGCUGUGUAGAAAGUGGGUGUAAAUAUAAAGCUCUUUAUCUUGGGCCACGUUUCAACCCCUCAGUAAUGCAAGUUUUUCUGAAUCAGUGUAAUGACUUUGUCACAUCUGUGAUCUUCAGUGUUUACCACGACAUGUUGAGAUGUUAAGGUACUCAGUGGGAAAUGCUACAUGCUUAAGAGAUGUAACUAAGGUAAAACCAAGCAUUGAGUAUUAAUAUUAUAUGGUUUGUUAAUUUACCGAGUUGAAUACAAAUAUGAAGGCGAUUGUUAGUUACUAACAAAUAAUGCCAAACAUCACAUAAGGUUAAAUUCCCUUCAAUCCCUUGUAUAAGUAUCACAGAACUUUUCCUGUCAUAUAUAUAUAUAUAUAAUAAAACUUCAGGAGUUACAUAUUGGACGUUCUGCAGGAUGAUCUGGGAACCUAGUCCGAAGUCCUUGGCAGCGAAAGACCACCCCCCCACUGAAUUAGCUUUCCAUACAUCUGUGGAAUGACAGCAUGCUCUUUGCAACCCUGUUGAUUUAUUUAGGUUUGAAUUUAAAUGAGUGAGCUUAAAUCCUUCAAAAUUCUGGCCCUUUACUCUGUUUGGAUGUUUUCCAUGUAGCUACAUCAUAGACUGUAUGAGCUACACCUGCAUUUCAAAGUAAUUGUCAACAAUGUUGACUCCAAAGGAAAAUACAUACCUUUUAAAACGCUUAAGUUUCGAAGUUUCAACCGAGUUCAAUGAAAUCAGUUACCUUAUUUUCAAAUGAGUUAAUUUGACAAGAACAUGUCGAUUUGUUAUAGACAUGGUACCUGAUCAAAAUACUGUAAUAAAGAUGGUCAGUUAAAAAGAAUGCCCACUAAAGGUGACACGGACAUUGUGUGAUGCAUAAGAGCAGGAAGUAGUCGUGUCAAAACUAGAUUAUAGGUGAUUGAUUAGAUUGAUUAGAUUUUUGUUCACCAGUCAGAUUUGACUCAGGUUACAGCUGGACAUGGCAGCGGAGACACAGAGGAAGGUAACAGUUCAAUAAAAGGUAUACAUCACCAGAA